AAAUGAAUGCAGCAGAAUAAUAAAUAAAUCUAACAGACCUUAUCAUGCCCUACAGAUGUUGGUGUGUAUACAUACAAACCAUUCUUCUCAAUGCUUAUUGGUCUUCUCAAUGCUUAUUGGUCUAACAAGCCAUGUAAACCCAUUUCUCUAAUCUUGCGGCUGUUUCCUCUAUAAGAAGCCUUUUAUAACAACAGUGGCUCAAAGCAAAGGCAAAUAGCUGCAAUACUGCUCUCAAUAACUAAAAGAGUAAUUGGGAGCUUCUUUGUGCUAGCUAUUAAGCUUUCUUCUGCAGUUCUUAGUUCACAUAACUUCAGGCUCUCAAUAACUAAAAGAGUAAUUGGGAGCUUCUUUGUGCUAGCUAUUAAGCUUUCUUCUGCAGUUCUUAGGUCACAUAACUUCAGGCUCAAUGUUACUCACAGACUCUCCAAAGGUUAGCACACACUCACCAAGAAAAGAAAUGCCUCAGUUUCUGUCCUCCAACAGUCUUACCUCUUCUUACUCAUUUGCAAGCCCUCGAACACCUUCCUCGCCCAUCCACUAUGCAUUUUCUCAAUCAAUGAUGGAAGAAAACAUUGACAAUGAAGAAUCAAUUAUCACCAAAUGGGAUCUGAACUCCUCCUCUUUCACAAAAAUCAUAUCUAUUUUCAAUCAUAAUAGAAAGGAAGCCACCGAGUUUCUCACAAGGGUCAAAGAUUUGCGCCAAGCCAUGCAUUUUCUGGUUGCUCAGAACUCCAGCUCUAGUAAGCUUGUACUUGCUCAGACGCUCAUGCAUACUGCUAUGAAGAGACUUGAAAAGGAGUUUUAUCAGAUACUGUCUGCAAACAUCGACCAACUCGAUCCAGACUCAGUUUCAAGUCGAUCCACAGACAGGACAAGCACGAUCGAAGAUGGUGAUGACUUUGGAUCUGAAGAAGAGUUGAAAUUGGCAGGUGAAGAAGAGUUGAAAUUGGCAGGUGAAUCGAUCACUAAGGUGGACAGAGUCUCGGCCCUUGCCAUGUCAGACCUUAAGUCCAUAGCUGAUUGUAUGAUCAGUUCUGGUUAUGGCAAGGAGUGUGUUAAAAUAUACAAACUCCUCCGAAAAUCAACGGUGCAGGAAGGACUGUAUCAACUUGGUGUUGAAAGAUACAGAUCUUCUCAUACUCAUAAAAUGAAUUGGGAAGCACUUGAGCAUGUCAGUAAGCACUGGAUGAGUACGAUAAAGAUAGCCGUGAAAACUCUGUUUACUGGAGAAAGAAUUCUCUCCGAUCAUGUGUUUUCAGCAUCUAACCCAAUCAGAGAAUCAUGCUUCUCAGACAUCACAAAAGAAGGAGCAAGAAAUCUACUCAGAUUUCCCCAGCUUGUAGCAAAGCAAAAGAAAUCACCAGAGAGAAUUUUCCUGCUAAUGGAACUCUACAAAGUGCUCUUUGAUCUUCACCCCGAAAUAGAAUCAAUAUUCAGCUUUGAAUCAAUGUCUGUGAUCAAAAUACAAGCUCUUUCAUCGCUUCAGACACUUGGCGAGUCAGUCUGCAGUAUUUUAUCAGACUUUGAAUCAACCAUUCAAAAGGACUCCUCAAAAACUCGCAUCGCUGGUGGGGGGAUUCACCCACUGACUCGUAAGGUGAUGACUUAUCUAUCUUCACUUGCAGAUUACAGUGGGAUUCUCUCUGAAAUUUUCACAGCUCAUCCUCCUUCAAGGACUACACAGUUGCCUGAGUCUUAUUUUGACAGCACAGCACCCAUAAUGUCAGUCCACCUAGCACGACUCAUACUAGUCCUUUUCUGCAAGCUUGACUGUAAAGCAGAAUUAUACAAAGAAAUGUCUUUGUCAUAUCUCUUCCUCACCAACAAUCACCACUUUAUCGUUGAGCAAGUUCGUUCGUCUCACCUCAAGGACCUCUUGGGGGAUGAUUGGGUGUCUAAGCAUGCUAAGAAGGUUAGACAAUAUGCCCUGAGCUAUGAAUCCAUGGCUUGGACUAAGGUCUUCUCAACUUUGACCGACACAAUUUCCCCAGCAAUGACACCAGAGGUAGCUAAAGAGUGCUUUCAGAGAUUUAAUGCAGCUUUUGAAGAAGCAUAUAGGAAGCAGACAUCAUGGAUUGUGCCAGACAGGAAGUUGAGAGAUGAAUUGAAAGUUUCAGUAGCAAAGAAGCUCGUACCCGUAUAUAGAGAAUUCUAUGAUGCACAUUCACCGAUGUUGAGCGGGCAGAAAAACUUGGAGCUGCUAGUGAGGUUUGGGCCAGAAGAUCUAGGAAAUUUCUUGUCAGAUUUGUUUCAUGGUACUUCUAGUUUGGGUAGCUCAUCUUCAUCAAGGAAUUCACCACGAGGAUGCAUGCCCCGAUAAAAUAAGAAAAUAAAUACAGCACACUACAUAUUGGGAUCAAAUGACCACCAGUUCACAAAAUACACGUUAAAAUAUAUACAUGAAUUUCCCUGUAAUGGUGUUCUUAGAGAUUUCAUGUUGUAAUACUGUAAUAGUACACAAAGCCAGUUACAAAAAUGAAA